AUGACCGAUGCUGAAGAUCCUAGUAAUACAUUAAUGACAUAUGUAGCUGUUUCUCUACAUGAAGCUUUUGAAGAAUUCCAAAAUGAAGCUACUACAACCUUAAGGAUAGCUAGCGAUGAAACAAUAGAGAGAACUCUAGAGAAAUAUGUAAGAACUAUAAGAGAUAUUUUUGGCGAUAAUUUCAAUAGAAUCGGCUGGAUUUUCGAUGACCAAUCUCAAAUUGACAGUUCGAUGGAUAUUUUUUAUUUUAGUGCUUAUAUUUAUGAAUUAUUUUACUCAGUUUACUAUUCGCAACCUGAUGAAUUCUCUCUAAAUUUGUUUAAGUGGUAUUUAAAAUAUGGGCUUUAUGAUUGCUCUUCCAAAAUAAUUAGCUCAUUAACACAAGCUGCAGAUGAAUACUUGGAAGGAAAUGAAAAUUUACAAGUUGAUAACCACUUUGGUUCAGAAUCCCCUACUAAGAUAUGUUAUGGUUCCAAUGACUCAGUUGAAACAAGAUUAACAAAUUUAUUAAUAAGAACUUUAUUGCUAGGAGAGUUGGGUAUAUUUACUUCAACACUAAGAAACAUUUUUCCAGAAGAUCAUAAUGUCGUUGCUUUGUGUCACCUACUUACUAUCAAUGAUUUAAAGUAUAAAUGUCCAAAAACUAAGCUAUCCAGUGAUUUAUUAAGCUUGAAAAACCAGCUUCCACCACUUGUACGUCCAUGUAUCGAUGCAUUUACUGGUGAUGGACAUAUUAUUCAGCAGGUAGCUAAAUCAUGGUUAGAGGCCUUUGUUUUUUCAACUGUAUAUGUUAAUGGAAUUAGUAUUAAUAAUUUUUCAGAGUUUUUGGAUGUAUACAUGGAAUUUAGAAAGGAAGUUUCAGAUAAUCAAACAAAUAUUGAAAGUACCAAAUCUAUAGACUGCAAAAAGAAGGCUUCUAUGAUAAACUAUCAACCAGAAAACGUAUUACAACAUGAACUUGGUGCUUUAUAUUUACUUUCCAAAGAUAUCACAUCUUUUGUACAGCAUAUUUAUAAUAGCCCAGAUUUUUAUGGUCCAUUUUUGGCUACUCAUAUUAUUGAUCCUUUGUAUUAUGAAGGUCUACUUGAAGAUUUAAAAUUAGAAAUGAGUUCAAUUAAACUAAGAUGUCGUGUAAUUAUGGACUAUUCCAUUUGGUUAAUUGAAACAGAUAUUUGUGAUCCAGCCAUAUACCUUCAAGAAUGUUGUGAAUGUGAUGAACUAUCUGAAGAUGUUCAGAAUGCCCUACUAAAACUGUCUAAUAAAGUCCCAUUAUUAGCAGAUCAAGUAACUACUGAAUUUGAUCUUGAUGAUGAUCAAUGCUCAGUAGUACCAGCAGUACUAUGUGAACAGUGCCAAAUAUAUGAUCUUUGUAUUAAUUGGUCAUCUGAUGAGUCCAUUACUACAUUUUUGAAGUUAAUCCGUAUAUUUAUACCAGAAAUAAUACAUAAUCAAGAUUUGCAAAUUCGACUUAAAAGGCAUAUAUUGAUUGAUAGAUUAACGCAAAUUAAUAUUCUGUAUUCCAAUCCAAAUUUUUUUUCAGAUAUGAAAGAGCUCGUGCUAUAUUCUUUAUACUUAGAGAGGCUUAUAUUACUCAUGGAACUUUGCAUACUUGAAACCUCAAAUAGUCCCUCAUUAAGUAAAUUCCAAGGAGCAUCGUGGUCCCUAAUUGAAUCUUCGCUUAAUAUUCCAUUAUCUUAUAUUUUGAUCAUAGAUCAGGAUGGUAAAUAUAAAUUCCAAUUACCUGAAGCCUCUAAACAAGAAUCUCUUUCAAUCCAAGAAUCUUUAAAACAAAAUAAUCCAAGUAACUUAUCUACCUAUUCAGGAAAUGAGUCUAAAUUUAUUUUAUUUUUUUUUACACAGAAAGGUAUAAUUAAAUCACUAUUUUACUUUUUCCCAGAAAUCAUCUCUUCUCCGGAAAAUCCAAGUUUACCUCCAUACUUUAGUUCAAUUUACCUUUUUGGUCAAGAAAUAUUUCCAAUACUAAGGAAUUUGAUCAAUUUACCAUGGGAUAGAAAAUUGGAAACUUGGAUUUUUAAUAUUCAAUCUGAGUCUAAUGCAUGCAAUUUUUUUGCAUGUAAUACAUGCACACCAGUAGUAAGUAAAAGUUUUAGACUAAAUACAGAUAAAGCUUUUAAUUUCUCUAACUUGAGAACUGAAACUAGAAAAAGUAACUUAAUCCCAAGUGAUUAUGUGAUAUUAAUACAAGAAAGUAUAAAUAAAUUAUUUGGAAUAAAUACUGAGCAGAUACCUGCCAUUUUGAUUUCAGUAUAUUGUUAUUAUUGCUUGUUUUGCCUAAGCAAUACAGAAAUUAAGAAGAUUUCCCCUACAUAUAUGGUGAAUAAAUUUAAUUAUAAUUGGUUGGAUGUGAAAUUUGCAUCUUUGGUAAAAGAUAUAUCACAUCCUUUGAUAAGGAAUUUUGAUUAUAUAGGUAGCCUUACUUCCAGCAUAUCCGAAAAGUUAUAUGAUGCAAAAAUAAUUUGA